AUGUCUUCUGGGUUCUCUGAAGCUGACUUAAGCGCGCUCUUGCAGCAAUUUGUCACCUACCCUGAACAGGUGUGGUAUGCUAUCGCUGCGUUCCUCUUCAUAGUCGGCUGCUUCCAGUGGGGGUCAUUCCCUAUCACCAAUGGUUUUCAUCAGAAAUUUUCUCUUCGUCGGAUUCCGCUUGCGGUCAUAAAUUUCUAUCGCGUUGUUGCCUUCCGGUGGACCCUAGAAAUAGGGCAAUCUUAUACCCUCAACAUGGCAGAGGUUUUUGUGACUGUAGCAUACAUCACCCUUUUGUUGACCUAUGCCUUCAUUAACACAACCACAGUCGAGGGUCAGAAACUCGAUGUCAUCUUCUGGAGCAACCGCAUAGCAAUGCUGGCGUCCAGUCAGUUUCCAAUUGUCACGGCUCUUGGCACAAAGAACAAUCUCGUGUCAUUGGUCACAGGCAUCAGCUACGAUAAGCUCAAUUAUAUUCAUCGGAUGAUGGCUAGGACAUGCUUCAUGCUACUUUGUGUACAUGCGGUGGGUGAAGUGGUAUCAUCUCCCUACUUCCAUUUGAGCGAGGCAUCGCUUCACGCCGGUAUUAUUGCCAUGGCUGCUUUCUUUAUUCUGAUCAUACUAUCACUGCGUCCUGUUCGCACUGGAGCCUACGAGCUCUUCUUCUACAUUCACUUCCUUGGCGUCCUUAUAUUUCUGGUGGGAGGAUAUUUCCACACCAAAGGUGCUUACGGGUCGUACUGGAUAUGGCCAUCGUUUGUGUUCUGGGCUUUGGAUCGUUUCAUCCGGGUGGUCCGACUUGUUGCAUUCAAUCACUCUUAUUUUGGCUUCAAGUCAGGAGCUGGAACAAUGGAUGCAGCGACAGAAUUGCUUUCCGAAGAUGUCGUUCGAUUGCGCCUACGUCGACCCCCGCAUUUCCACUGGUCCCCAGGACAAACGGCAUAUCUAACCAUGCCCUCAGUUUCGACAUUGCCAUUCGAAGCGCACCCUUUUACUAUUGCGAGUUUUGAUUCUAGUUCUCUGUCAACUGAAGAACCAGAGGAUCAAUCGGGAAGGGGUGAAAAUUACGGAACCCAGGUUCUGGGCUCAAGCGCUCCGUUCUGGAAGGAGCUAGUAUUUUUGGUCAACGUGCACGGAGGGUUCACGAAAAAGUUAAAGGAGGUAGCUGCUACGAAGGGCAAAGCUAAGGUUUUUGUGGAUGGUCCUUAUGGCCCGUCUCCUGACCUCAGUUCUUACGACACGUGUGUAUUUGUGGCGGGAGGGUCUGGUAUAUCGUAUACCCUCCCGGUCUUCCUGAGUGUUAUUGAGCACGUAGAGUCCGUGCGCAAGGGCAAAAGCUCCUGCAAACGGGUGGUGUUCAUUUGGUGCAUACGCAAGGCUGAGUAUGUUCAAUGGAUUGAAGAAGCACUCAUCAAGGCUGUUCAGCUUGCUCCGCCUUCUUUGACGGCAUCCAUCCGUAUCUUUAAUACUGGCUCUCCAUCGACGUCGCAGUCCAUAGAAGAGGACUCCAGCCUUUCAAAUCCAACAGAGAAGAACCGCACUCACGAACAAGUUGUGACAAGGAAGGAUUCUUUAACAUCGUCAAUGCUAGUGUCGUUACGCGGGGUCAGGAUGGAAAGUGGACGGGCAGACCUGGAUGCACUGCUCAAGGAAGAGGUCAGCAUGACCUCGGGACGUAUGUCGGUGAGCGUUUGCGGAUCGCAGGGUAUAGCACGUGCAAUCCGUCAUACACUUCGCUUCCCUGUCUCCGGUCCUUCCAGUAUUCUCAGUGGAGGACCGAGCGUAACCCUAUAUGUCGAAUCAUUCGGAUACGCCUGAUAGUCCCCUUCUAAUCCAUUUUGUUGACUUUUAUGGACGACCUAUUCUGUUUUCUUUGUCACCGGAGCUGAGUCUUGCAGUUUGUUACUGUAGCUGUUUGACAAGGACUCUCAUUACUGUAUCGUCUGCUAACAUUUGAUCAGGAAGCUGCGAAAAUAAGUUGAAUAGGCUCGCGCCUGAUAUAAAAUAAUCAACAC